UCCGUGAAACAAAAAUCUGCAUCAAAUCUUCAAAUUGAAAAUUAAUUUCCCCCAAAGAAAUUAAAAAUUGAUCUUCUUUCUCCAGACGUUGCCCAGAACUCUACAAAAAUUGUGCGUUUCAAACAAGUCGUUGCCGCCAAUUACGGCCAAAGCACCCAACACCACCACCACCAACAGCCGCAGCAGCAGCACAGCACGCAGCACUAUCCAACGCCAGCAACUGCAGCGCUGCAUUCCAACCACAAAGUGAACAACUUUGAGGCAAAAAUGCAUCUCACGACGACAACAAAUGGUGGAGGUGGGGCCAACAAUGCCAACAACACGGCCGCCUCCAAUACUGCGAACAGCAACAACAACAACAAUUCGAAUACACAGAAUAACAACAACGCGAGUUCGAAUAACACAAAUACCAACAACAGUUCGAAUGGUAACAAUAACAAUUCCACAGAACAAAAUACUCCGCCCACAGCAGCUCAACUGCUCAAUGAGGCCUACACAAAAAUGACUUCGGAUAUUUUGGCCGAACGUACAUUGGGCGAUUUUCUUACCGAACAUCCGGGUGAAUUGAUACGAACCAGUAGCCCGUUGUUUGUGUGUACCGUGCUGCCGCCGCACUGGCGUUCGAACAAGACAUUACCGGUGGCAUUUAAAGUUGUUUCGCUGGGCGAUAUUAUGGACGGGACAAUGGUGACGGUGCGAGCGGGCAACGAUGAGAACUACUGUGCAGAGCUGCGGAACUCAACGGCGGUAAUGAAGAAUCAGGUGGCCAAAUUUAACGAUUUACGUUUUGUGGGGCGAAGCGGUCGAGGUGAGAAAAGUUUCACCUUAACCAUAACCGUUUCAACAAAUCCGCCACACAUUGCCACAUACAACAAGGCCAUUAAAGUGACUGUCGAUGGACCCCGAGAACCACGCUCCAAACCAGUAAAAUGGCAUUUGUUAUCUAUUUUAGGACAACAGCAACAGUUCCAUUUUGCCUUUGGCCAAAGACCGUUUCAUUCUCAACGGAUCCACUGUCUGGUUUUCGUAUGCCACCAAUAG